GAGAAGUUUUCAGGAAUGUUUGCGUCAGUCUUUAGGGGCUGGACGAGCAGAAACAGCAUAAAAACAGACAGAGCGAGACACAGCGCCACAUCAGAGCUGCACCUGCAGGACCAGGACCUUAAGAAAAGCAUCAGCUGCCCCGGACCUCCAGGACCAGGACCUAAACAGAAGCAUCAGCUGCCCCGGACCUCCUCCAGACGAGUCAUGAAGCUGCUCCUCCUGCUGGCAGUUGCUGCCAGCCAGAUGGAGCUCUCUGCCUCUCAGACUGUCACUCUGAAUGCUCCUGGUGGAAACAUCAACAUCAGCACCAUGCCCAUCACUUUCUAUGGAAAAACAUACACAUGGGUACACGUCAAGAUGGGCAAUAAGGAUGAAGUUUGUUUAAAAAAUGACCCAUCUGAGGACGACAUUGACUGUGUGGUGACCAGCGACGGGGUGGCUUCAGACAGAGUGAUCUACAGAAUAGUAAAGACACCAGUUACCCCUCACUCUUCUCUUGUUAACAUCAAAACCCAGGGACAGGGUUACUUUUAUCUCGAGUUCUAUAAUGGUUCUACAUGGAAUAUGUAUUGGGAAUUCAUCAAUUAUGGGUUGCAAGCUGCUUGCAGGACAUAUCAUCUUGCUCGCCGUCCGUUUUCUGCUAGUUUAAACAUUUCUACAACAGUCGGUGGCACAGUGAUGGAUACCUGGGAGCCUCCUGCAGGAACUCAUACUUAUCGAGACCUGAGUGGAUGCAGAGGCUCAGGUGGCGCUGUAAUGCCGGGUUCAGAGAUGCCCAACUUAGGGCCCAGCGCAGAGCCCUGCUCUGUUGAACUCUGUUCUCUGUCUGCAGUCCUCUCUACUGUCACUGCAUGUGGGCCCGAGGAGGUUUGCCAAGCGGACAACACGUGCGCUGAGGUUCCUAAGGCUCCGGUGGUGUGCACGGUGACGGGCUCCACGGUGAUCGGUUUCCACGGAGCAGUGCACUCUGUCCAGGAUCGCUGUGCCUACAGUCUGAUGGAGCCUGAAGGCAGCGCCAGCUUCAACCUCAUGGCCGCUUUCAGGGAGCGCCGGCGUACAGAUGUUCCUCUUCUGGACCACCUGAUCCUGUCGCUGCCAGGUGUGACCAUGUAUCUGGAGCAAGGAGGAAGAGUUCGGGUUGGUGGUGAAGCCCUGGUGCUCAGCAGCACAGCUCAGCUGAUGCACGGCGUGGAGCUCUCCAAGGACCAGACUGGAGUCACUGCUAAGUUCCCGUCCUCCAACAUGACUCUCUUCUUUGAUGGCAACAGCGCACAUGUGACAGGACUUCCUGAAGCUGUAGAGGGUUUGUGUGGCAGCCCCUCCAACUCCAGCUGGACCACCACCCCGACUGCAGAGAAGUCCUCUAUCAGCCUCCCUGGCUGUGAGAUUCAAUACCAGGACUCAGUCGACAGCGCCAUCAACUGCAACCGCUCCACCGACCACUGUAAUCUCAUGAGGCAGCCUCCCUUCUCCGCCUGUCACGAGCACACCGACCCAGAGCCGUACAUCAGCGCCUGCACACACACUCUGUGCAGAUACCCGUCAGUGGAUGGGGUCGACUGCCACUUUUUGGAGGCUUACGCCAAGACCUGCAGCCUGGAAGCCAACGUGACCCUGGAGGACUGGAGGUCAACUUCUGGCUGCUCCCCCCCCCCUCUCUGUCAGCAGCCCUGCAGUAAUCAUGAGUUCUGUGGAGCAGAGAUCUGGUCGUCGUCUCGCUGCUUCUGUCGGGCUGGGUUCUCCUCCAAGUACAGAGCCACCAAGUCUUUAGGCGAGCCGCCGGUCUGCAGGCAGGGCUCGGCCACUGUGACUCUGGCUGGAUGUCUGCUGGCUGACAAAGGCAUCGACUUCUCCACCUUACACCUGAAAGACCCCAGCUGCAAGGGCCACAUGGACCCCCAAAGCCACCUGGUGACCUUCAGCUUCGACAGCAGCAACACCUGCGGGACGGAGGUCAUGAAGAACGGCAGCCAGACCGUCUACGAGAACUCCAUCGUGUCGAGCAACCGCUCAUCGGGCGGCGUCAUCACGCGCCAAGACCAACUCAAGAUCGACUUCUCCUGCUUUUACAAACAGCCGGAGGUCAAGAGUGUGUCCUUCACUAUCAGAGACAGCUCUGUGGUGCAGCACAUCGUAUCUGGAGAGUGGAACUACACUCUGACGAUGAAAGCCUUCAGUGACGCCGGCCUCCUGCAGAAUGUUGGGCCGAAAACAGAGAUCAAGCUGAACCAGAAGGUCUGGCUGCAGCUGGAGGCGGGGGGGCUGGACGCCAACAGGGUCGCCAUGGUGACAGACUCCUGCUGGGCAACCAAUCAGGCGUCACCUGAUGAUUCGCUACGAUACGACCUCAUCAUCAACGGAUGUCCGAACCCUGCUGAUGAUACGGUGCAGAUGCAGGGAAACGGACAGGGAACGUCCAGCGUUUUCUCCUUCAACAUGUUCGAGUUCUCUGGAGGAAGCAGUGAAAUCUACCUGCACUGCAAACUGGAGCUGUGCCCCACACAGGGCCAGGCCUGCACUCCGAGCUGUGGGGGGGCAGCUCGCAGGAGGCGCAGAUCUGCUAAAUACGCUGAUGGGAACGCGGCCCUCAUCACUAUGGGAUGGAGAAACUGAAGAGCUUUGCAUGCUGAUUCCUGACGGUGGAAAUGAAGGUCUUGUUGCUGUGAAACUGAGCCGGCACAUUAUCUGAGAUUAUUCCUGAGGACUCCAGUUAUUCUGAGUUUUAACUUCUUUAUGAUGUGGGGGAAAUAAUCAAAAGGGGUUAUUUUACUAUGUGCACUAGUAUAUAUA